CGGACGAUACAUGUGAUGAGAUAUCGGGAGCGUUCCCAGAGUUCACGCCUAUUCUCGACAUGAUCAAGCACGAUACAUGGGGCAGAUCGACCAGGCAAGGCCCAUGGGGUGAACCUUACCCCGUUUAUCGAGACUUCGUACGCUUCGCUUUGCGAGCCAUGCCAAGCACAGAAGACAGGCAUCGGUUCAGUGAUGACUUUACGGAACUUCACGGCGGCACACCCGACACCCAACUUCUUCUCGAUAUGGACCCGGCCCCUUGGACCAUUCCAAGGCAACAUGAUCUCCGACAGAUGAUGGAGGCGCUCGGCGGGAAACAUUCAAUAAGAGCGUAUGGUCUCGACGUAGGCUGGAUGGGCACUGAAUGCGCCAGACGUGCUAUGUUUCGCUAUUCUGCAGCCGCUGUUGCCAUUCGGUUCCUGGAAUCCAACACGCCUGCGAUCCGAGCGCACAUGAGAGACAUCGUGCUGAUUGAAGAUCAGGAGUCUGUCUCGAACCCCGAGUGUCACGCCAUGGGGUUGAUCCCCUAUUGUCGAGAGAAUUCCGGCUUGCGGAUAGAGCGACGCAUCAGUUUGUGGCGGAACGCCUUCUUUCACCGUUCGGGGCGAGCACUUGGUGAGCGGACGCAUGAUCACUAUAAUCUUGGUCUGGACGCUAAUGAGAUCUCUUUCGCCAUCGCGCGCUGGAUCAUUGAGGUCUUGCCACUCGUCUCCGCCGGUAUGCCCGCCAAUUCGUUCACCUUGGUCUUGGACGGAGAGGGUGAACCGCAGUGUUCGGAAAUCUUCCAGAAUGUCGUUCUGCGCGAUGCUGCAUGGCAGCAGGCGAUGGAAGAAUGUUUCCAAACCGGCGUCUUUCCGCCGGAGCCGUAUGGGAUGAGGAGAAACACCUAGAGGGGUCAGUUACUCGAUGCCUUCCCCGCCUUCAACAACUGCUAUCUGUUUGACAAGUUCCCGCAGGUAAUGCGAGAAAUCGUCGACGGGACGUCCAUGGUUCGUUGCAAUUUUGACCCUGGGGAGUUUGUGGAUACGGAGCUUCUCAAGCUGUUCGCAAAGCAGGAGUUAUGGAGCGUGGACCACUGGAAAUUCCACUGGUAUGAACGCCAGGAGAAGACUUAUCAGCCUUCUCCACCGUUGCCGUCAUGGAGCGAUAUCAAAGCUGGCUAUCUUUCUGAUCGCCACGUGGCUACCACGCCCUCUCUGACUGAAAUGAUGUCAAACUCUUACGCCCCCCAGGGCCUGCGGUGGUAGUGAUGUUGAGACUAAUACCGCGCGGAGCGGCCGGGGGGUUAAGACAGUGCAACACUAGAUAGGACCAGCAUAUGUCGUCAGUUUAUAGAACAAAAUAAAGGAG